UAUUUUUUCUGGUUUUUAUUUACUCCGUCAUCGAGUGCGAAAAAAAACACAUUUGGACGGUGAUUUUUGAAACAUUUAACAGGCGACUACGUGUGUCAUCUGUCGUAGACAACAAAUAAAAUUGUUUAAAAAUUCCAUAAACGUAAUUAAAUUAAAUUAUAAACAAAAUAAUUAAAACAACAACAAAAACUUCCACAAUACAUAAUAAAAUUAGUCAGCAGCCAACAGCGGAAGGAACCAGAACAAAACACACACAGGCAAGCAGACAGAUAGACAGACAAACAACUCAUUAGUCAGUGAGUGAUUUAAGUUAAUUAAUCAAUUAGUCAGACAGACAGAUAGCCAACCAGCCAGAAGAAAAGGACAAAAAAUUUGUAAAAUGAAACCCAUUAUGUCGCGUGUUGUCAUGUCCUUUAUGAUUUAUUUAAUCUUUGCUGCUGUGGUGGUAAACUGUGAUGAAAAGAACAUAAAUAAAUUACUUAAUAAUCAGGUCAUUGUUAGUCGUCAAAUAAUGUGUGUUCUCGAAAAGAGUCCCUGUGAUCAAUUGGGCCGCCAAUUAAAAGCUGCUCUACCUGAGGUGAUUGUACGUAACUGUCGCAAUUGUUCACCCCAGCAGGCCCAAAAUGCUCAGAAAUUGACAACAUUUUUACAAACGAAAUAUCCUGAUGUCUGGGCUAUGCUUUUAAGAAAAUACAAGACAUAAAUUAUAAAAACAAUUGAAAUUUAAAAGAUAUAAAAUUUGAGCAACAAUUUCGAAAUAUGCAAUUUUAAUUCUAAACUAAAUGUAUUGAAAAAUUAACAAAUUAAAGAAAAACAGAAAAUUAUAUUGUAUGAAUGUAUCGUCUACGUAAAACAAAAUUAUAAAUAGAUAAAUGCAUGUAUUUAUGUUUUAAAUAGUAAUAUUUAACAGUUCCUAAUUGUCAACUAAAUGUUCAUUUAUCAAAAUAGCACAAACUUGUUACACUUUACUACUACCGAUAUGUAGUAAUUGCUUUAAUUAAUCACAUAAUAAAAUUUAAGAUUAACAUUUUAAAAAUAAAUUUCAAAUUAGUUUUUA